UGUAACUGCAAACGCGGUAGAUACAAGUAGUCACUAUGUUCGUGGAGUUAUUAAUAUUUCUUCUCACAUUUCUCGCAGCCUAUUACAUAUACCUCUAUUAUAAAGCGCAUGAUUACUUCAGGAAGAGAGACAUAAAGUUCUUACCUGGUGUCCCACUAUUCGGGAAUUCGUUGCAGAGCACACUUUUGAAGAGUCACAUUUGGGAGGAUGUCGAUGUUGUUUACAAGUCAUUUCCCGACGAAAAAUACGUGGGUUACAUCGAGGGGACGGUGCCUGUAAUUCUUGUGAGGGAGCCGACUUUGAUAAAAGCGAUCACUGUCAAGGAUUUCGAUCACUUUGUCAAUCAUAAGGAUUUCUUUGACAGAGAUAUAGAACCUUUAUUUGCAGGCAGCCUGAUACAGAUGAAAGAUGACAGAUGGCGAGACAUGCGCGUAACCCUGAGUCCAGCAUUCACCGGCUCCAAAAUGAGACUCAUGAUGCCGUUCAUGACGGAAAUUAGCAAGAACAUAGUGGAGUACAUUAAAGGUACGGAAAAUCCUACCAAUGAAAGUGACGUGAACGACCUGGUCCGGCGGUAUACCGUGGACGUCAUCGCAUCAGUCGGGUUCGGGCUUCAAGUCAACUCUCUUAAGGACAAAAACAAUGAUUUCUUUAGAUUGGGUUCAAAUUUAUUCAAAUUCAGCUAUAAACAGUGGAUCACACUGUUAAUUUCAAGUCAUUGUCCAAUCAUUGGCAAGGCAUUGGGGCUGAAAUUAUUCUCACAAGAGACUAUUGACUUUUUUUCAAACACUGUCAAAGACACAAUAAGUUACAGAGAGAAGAAUAAUGUGGUAAGACCAGACAUGCUCCAGCUUUUAAUAGAAGCAACUAAAGGAAUAUUGAAAGCAAGCUCAGAUGAGAAGUAUGAUGCUGGUUUUGCCGCAACUGAGGAGGGCUUAAAGUCACGGAACAUUACUAGAGAGUGGACAGCAAAUGAAAUAACUAGUCAAGUAUUCAUCUUUUUUGCUGCUGGUUUUGAGAGUACAGCUGGUACAAUAGCAAUCUGUCUCCACGAGCUGGCUUUAAACCCAGAAGUACAAGAAAAAUUGUACCAGGAACUCAGAGAUUUCAAAGAGGAUCAUGAAAACUUGACAUACGAAAAUUUGACCAAGUUGAAGUAUUUAGACGGUGUUGUUACAGAGACAUUGAGGAAAUGGGCCGUAGCGGUCUUAAUGGAUAGAGUUUGCACUAAACCAUACGUGUUACCUCCACCGAGAGAGGGAGGAAAACCAUAUCAAAUAAAAGCUGGCGAUAUUGUAUACAAUAUGGUGAACAGUAUUCAUAUGGAUGAGAAAUACUACCCGCAACCUGAAAUCUUCAAUCCUGAUAGGUUUUCAGAUGAGAAUAAAGCUAAUAUAUUACCAACUACUUACAUGCCGUUUGGCAAUGGCCCAAGGAAUUGUAUCGGUUCCAGGUUUGCAUUGAUGCAGGUCAAAGUGCUCAUUUACGAUCUAAUACUGAACUUCAGAGUACUUAAAAGCAAGAAGACAUUGGAUCCUAUUCGUCUGCAUCACAACGACUUCAAUAUUAAAGCAUUGGGGGGUACUUACUUGAAAUUUGAAGCUAGAUCUUAAAACAGUAAAGUUCAAAAUGAUUUGACAUUGUGAUAUAAUAAUGUAUCGAAUGAUGAUAAGAACAAUAAUAAUAAUAUUUGAGUAAAAUAAAUGAAAAAGUAUGUAUACACAAAACCGUAUAGUCCCAAACUAAGGACAGCUGUUACUAUAAAUACUAGAAAACUAAUUGAUAUAGUUAAGU